UACUUAGUUACUUUACAACUCUGUAAAUAUCAAUGGAAAAUUUGUCCAAUAAAAUGUUGGUAAUUUCACUGAACUCCAAUUCAGAACCGCACGGCAUUCUGGGGGAUGUAGGCAGAGGAGCGGCUUUAGCCACUUGACCUCUCACAGCUCAGCUAAAGAAGGUUGGUGGCAUCAACUCACUUCCUGCUCAGCCAACAAUGACCAGCUGRCAGAACGACUUGGAGUGAAAGGAGAAAAGGAGCAACAGCUUGAGAGGAAGUUGUGGAGAAAAGAGGAAAGGUCGCCAGUUUGGCAGUAAUAAUCAGSCUUUUUUUCCCCUCCCGGUGCAUGUUUCAAAUCGGUUAAACUAAAACUAAUCAUUAAUUACCGAUAUCGACUGAAAUGAAACGCUUCUAUCAUUUUGCAGUCAUAUCCUCCAACCCUACAGAGUUCAUUUAUUUUAUAAAACAUCAGUUUUAAAUCACAGCUCUUCUAAAAGCCCUGAGGAGAAAUACUGCAACUCUGUUGUUUCUAGCUYGACUUAAGCUUUAAAAACACUUUAGAAACACUUCAGUUAAACCUUCACUUCAAAGAAAACCUUCACUACAUACAUUUUUUUAAAUCUUGUCAUAAACCUUGAUGACUUUAUGCUCUGACUGGUCGAUUGCCUCAUCAGUUUAGCAACACUGGCCCACCUAACUUGUUUUUAAUCCUACUCUGUUUUAAAGCAACAUGAAACUGGACAUCAUCAAAAUCAGCAAAUCUUGUUGAAUUAUUAUUAUUAUUACUUUUUUUUAAUCUUAUGCCUGUGAGGAAUAAAAGAAAAAAAAACACUGAAGCCAGGUGGAGCUUUUCCAACUGAUGCUGUGAAUAAUUUAUGCAAAUUUAUGCAGCUUUCAAAGCCGACUGAGAGGAGAAACUAAAACAGCUUGUCUGGAUGAGGAAGUAAUUAACAUCACGGUGAGAAGAAACACACACUAUUUAUAAAUUUAAUGUAACAAAUCUUCAGCUUUAUUUAUUGAGAGCUCAGAGGUUUUAUUUAUUUUUUUGUUUGUUUUUUUUUGUUUUGCUCUCUUCUGCUCCUGACUAAAUAUUACAUUAUUUAUGACGUUCAAAUGUGCCGUGUGUAUUUUCCCAGCUGGGAUGCAGCAAAGCGCUGUGAGCCACUGCCUGCAUGCUCGAUCCAUUACGGUACUCCUCGACUAAUGCAGUGGAGCCAGGAAGCCUGAUGGAUACAGAGAUAGAGAAGAGGGAGAGGGGAAGAGAAGCACAGACUGCUGCAAAUCCAGCUGAAUUUUCAUUCAAACAAAGCACAGGUCAUUUUUUUCAUCAUGAUGAAGAAAAGCUCUGAUGUGGUGAAGGAGGACAGAGAAGUCCUCCUGGAUCUGGACAGCAGGGGUGAAGCCCAGAUGACGGACAGCUACGGCAGUCUGCAGAACGGGAGCUUCAUCCCACCUCGAUAUCUUUCUGCUGCAGCUGCUGAUGAAGAUCUUCGCGGUGACGAUACCAUCGUUGAGGACAGCAAUGCGAGAAGCAAUCGAACAGUUUCACAGCUGAGGAACUACUUCAGAGAUGGAAGAACUAAAAUAGACUUCGUGCUGGUGUGGGAGGUCCGAUCGAGGAGGAAGCGGCGAGGAAAGGGGAAAAGCCAGGCGGUCGGCGGGGAGGACAAGUCCRUUCCCGCUGAGGAGAGCAGCAGAUCCGAGCGAAGGAAAGCACAACUUGCUCAGUGGAGAGAGAAGUUUGUUCAGAAUCUGGAAAGUGCCGGGUUGCUCAUGGAAAAGGAGGAAACAGCAAAUGAGAAGAAAACAAUUCACUUCCUUAAAAUCAGUGCCCCGUGGGAUGUUUUGGUGUGUUAUGCUGAAGAGCUUUCCCUCAGAGCUCCACUGCAGGCCCAGCAACAUCUGAACCUGAACACAUCAGCUGUGRUUUUAAAAAGACUGUGCAUACCCAACAUAAUGAUGGAAUCUGUGCCAAACAGGCCUUUGGACUAUUACACAUGUGCCUUUCGCAAAUCCAAGAUGAGCAGAUUUCUUGGCUUUGAAGACCAUGAGGCGUACUUCACAAACACGCAGAGACACCGUAUCGUGUAUGAGAUUUUAGCUCAGACGGUUUACGGUAAAAGGAAGAAGGCUGAGGUUGGUGUGGAGAGAUUGGUAAAUGAAGGCGCCUACACAGCAGCCUACCCUCUGCACGAGGGCCCCUUUCAGCUUCCGAGUUACGAGAUCCGUCCUGACGAGCUGAACCAGAGGCAGGUUCUGUACUACUACUGGGCCCGCUGGUGGAAGUGGUGCAAGUACCAACCACUGGACCACAUCAGGGAGUACUUUGGAGAGAAGAUUGCGCUYUACUUUGCCUGGCUGGGUUUCUACACAGCCUGGCUGCUGCCUGCAGCCGUGGUCGGAACCCUGGUCUUCGUGUCCGGAGUCAUGUCCAUGGGGUCCAACACACCAGCUGAGGACAUCUGUAACAGUGGAGCUAAUUACCUGAUGUGCCCGCUCUGUAAAACCUGUAAGUCCUGGAACAUGUCGGACAUCUGCACCAUGGCYAAGCUGGGGUACCUGUUCGACCACCCAGGUACCGUGUUCUUCAGCGUGUUCAUGUCCUUCUGGGCCGUAACCUUUCUGGAGUACUGGAAGCGAAAGAUGGCGACUCUGGCUCAUCACUGGGACUGCAUGGACUUCCACGAGGAAGAGGAGCGUCCUCGUCCAGAGUUUGCUGCCAUGGCCCCAACGAUGGAGCAGAACCCUGUAACUGGGGUCAAAGAACCCUAUUUUCCAGAGAAGACGAGGCUGUCCCGGAUGUUUACUGGCUCCAUGGUCAUCAUAUUGAUGCUGUGUGUGGUGAUCAUCUUCCUGGUGACUGUCGUCGUGUGUCGUGGUAUCAUCAGCGUGAUGAUGUAUCGUACUGGGAGUCCUGUGCUGCGAACAGAGGCAGGGACCAUAGCCAACAUCUCCAGCAGUGUGGUGAACCUGGGCCUCAUCCUGCUGAUGGGGCAGGUUUACACGGCCUUAGCUGAGCAGCUCACAAAAUGGGAGAUGCACAGAACUCAAACUCAGUACGACAACGCUUUCACCUUCAAAGUCUUCAUCUUCCAGUUUGUUAACUUUUACUCGUCUCCUUUCUAUGUGGCUUUCUUUAAAGGAAGGUUUGUGGGUUAUCCUUCGAACUACGGAACGUUGUUUGGGAUGAGAAACGAAGAUUGUGGUCCUGGUGGUUGUCUCAUCGAACUGGCUGAGCAGCUUUUCAUCAUCAUGGUGGGGAAGCAGCUCAUCAACAACAUCCAGGAGUUUAUUUUACCUAAAGUAAAAGCGUGGAGCCAGAAGAGAGCUUUUGCCAAUGUCCAGGGGGGUAAAGAAUCCCACGAGCCUCAGCGCUGGGAGGAAGACUACAAGCUGGUGCAGUGUGGGGGCCUGUUUGAAGAAUAUCUGGAAAUGGUGCUCCAGUUUGGGUUCAUCACAAUUUUUGUGGCAGCGUUCCCUCUGGCGCCGUUCUUCGCCCUCCUGAACAACUGGGUGGAGAUCCGUCUGGACGCCCAUAAGUUCGUGUGCGAGUACCGUCGACCGGUGGCCGAGCGGGCGCAAAACAUCGGAGUCUGGUUCAACAUACUGGAAGCUUUGUCUCACCUGUCUGUCAUUGCCAACGCUUUCCUCAUAGCUUUCACGUCAGAUUUUUUACCUCGCUUGCUGUACCAGUACAAGUUUGGUAAUGAUCUCCAGGGAUACGUCAACUUCACUUUGGCCUUCGCCCCACAAAAUUACACCGAUUACCCCAUGUGCAGAUACAAAGCAUUCAGAGACAACUAUGGAAACUACACGCUUUUCUACUGGGAACUCCUGGCUGUCAGACUUGGUUUUAUUAUUGCAUUUGAGCAUGUUGUGUUCUUUGUGCUGCGAGCCAUCGACUGGAUCGUACCUGAUGUCCCCGAGUCCUUGGAGCUGAAGAUGAAAAGGGAGCGCUACCUGGCGAAGCAAGCACUGGCUGAAAACCAGGAGGCCCUGUUGGUGAGUCGAGGCCAGUGGGCCACCUCWGGCUCUCCAGGCACCUCCAGCCCAGCAAGCAACGCGUCCAGUGGAAUCCUAAGCUAGGACCUCUCUGCAGAAAAGGAAUGAUGCUGGAGGAAGACGCUCGUUUGCAUCUGAGACGGCACGCUUUAACUUUUUCACCAUGUGAAAGUCUGUCUUUGUAAGAACUUGUUUUUUUUAUUGAUGCAUAUGUUGCUGCACAGCUAUAAUGAUAAUCAGAUAUAGAAUGAAAACAAAACUCAUCUUUCUUCACCUUAACUAAAAGUUGACGUUUUUUUGUUGAAACAAAAACAUGUUUUCAUCAUGCAUAUGUAAAGAUUAAUGGAACUCUGAUUUUAAAGGGGUGGUGGGGUUAUUUUAUGCAAAAUAGWUUWUUUUUUAGCUURUCAUCAUGUUAUAAUAUUCYCUCAUCAAAAACAUACYUAAAGUGUUGCUUUGAUUCAUUCAUGCAUGUUUGAGAAAUCCCUGAAUCUCCUGUUKUAGUCAUGUGGAGCUGCCUAAA